AAGUGACGUGUGUUUAGCGGCUGGUGUGGUGACGUGUCUCUACUGCUCGCUCUUUUCUCAACGAGCUGCUGGAUGGAGCCACACUGACUCAAGGCAACACGACAACUGGUAGCACUAACUUAGCUGGAGUCGACCCGAGGAUACCAUGGGAAUUAAAUUUUUGGAGGUCAUUAAGCCGUUCUGUGCGGUCUUACCGGAAAUUCAGAAACCAGAAAGAAAGAUUCAGUUUAGGGAAAAAGUACUAUGGACAGCCAUCACACUGUUCAUUUUCCUGGUGUGCUGCCAGAUCCCUCUUUUUGGCAUCAUGUCAUCGGAUUCGGCCGAUCCCUUCUACUGGAUGAGAGUCAUUCUGGCUUCCAACCGAGGUACUCUGAUGGAGUUGGGCAUCUCGCCCAUCGUCACAUCAGGCCUCAUUAUGCAGCUGCUUGCCGGCGCCAAGAUCAUUGAGGUGGGAGACACCCCCAAGGACCGUGCUCUCUUCAAUGGCGCCCAGAAAUUGUUUGGAAUGAUCAUCACCAUCGGACAGGCCAUCGUAUAUGUCAUGACUGGCAUGUAUGGUGACCCUUCAGAGAUGGGUGCUGGAAUAUGCUUACUCAUCAUCAUCCAGCUCUUUGUUGCAGGUCUGAUAGUUCUCUUGCUUGAUGAGCUGCUCCAGAAAGGCUACGGUCUGGGCUCUGGUAUCUCUCUUUUCAUCGCCACUAACAUUUGUGAGACCAUUGUCUGGAAGGCCUUCAGCCCCACCACUGUCAACACUGGACGAGGCACCGAAUUUGAGGGCGCCAUUAUCGCCCUCUUUCAUCUGUUGGCCACUCGCACGGACAAGGUCCGCGCCCUGCGAGAAGCCUUCUACAGACAAAACCUGCCCAACCUCAUGAACCUCAUUGCCACGGUCUUCGUGUUCGCAGUGGUCAUAUACUUCCAGGGCUUCAGGGUGGACCUCCCGAUCAAGUCAGCACGCUAUCGCGGCCAAUACAACACCUACCCCAUCAAACUGUUCUACACCUCAAACAUCCCCAUCAUCCUGCAGUCGGCUUUGGUCUCCAAUCUCUACGUCAUCUCCCAAAUGUUGUCCACGCGCUUCAGUGGGAACUUCUUGGUUAACCUCCUGGGAACGUGGUCUGACACAUCAACUGGUGGACCAGCUCGAGCCUACCCAGUAGGUGGCUUGUGCUACUACCUGUCUCCUCCGGAGUCCUUCGGUUCUGUUCUGGAUGACCCGGUCCACGCCGUCAUCUACAUUGUCUUCAUGCUCGGCUCUUGUGCCUUCUUCUCCAAGACCUGGAUCGAAGUUUCGGGAUCCUCUGCCAAAGAUGUGGCUAAGCAGCUGAAAGAGCAGCAGAUGGUGAUGAGGGGACACAGAGAGACUUCCAUGGUGCAUGAGCUGAACAGGUACAUUCCCACCGCUGCUGCCUUUGGUGGCCUUUGUAUAGGAGGCUUGUCAGUCAUGGCUGAUUUCCUGGGAGCCAUCGGUUCCGGCACAGGAAUCCUCUUGGCUGUGACCAUCAUCUACCAGUACUUUGAGAUCUUUGUGAAAGAGCAAAGCGAAGUGGGAAGCAUGGGAGCACUGCUCUUUUAGAAAAUGCCAAGUCGACGAUAUACAGCACCUCCAUACCGUGUCACAAUUUUACGUUCUGACCUAUUUUUUUUGUUUGGGGGGGGUUAAUUUGCAGAAUCAGUUCAUUUUGCAUCUGGGAUGGUUUUACACCUUUUGUCUCUCUGGCAUUGCCAAGAGAGCUAUCAUUUUGUUUUCCCUCUGCUUUGAGCUUUUUAGUGUCUUUAGCCAUUUCUUCCACCCGCAACCAUCCACGGUGGGUUCACCUGCCCACCAACUGCUUUGUCAGGUGAAGAAUCCCGAAACACACACGAGUGUGUGGUGCUGUCUUAGACUCACCUCGGUCGUUUUUCCACUAAGAACACUACGACGACAUAAAUUUCAAGCAUUUGUAUGUGUUAAGGAAAGCCAUGUUAGCAAUCAUGCUAAGUGUUCAUGGGGAUCUGUUAGCGGGAUGUGAAGAGUAUGAACAAAAUGUAUUUUUUGUUAUCUAGGCAAGUUGCCAACAUUUACUUUUAUGUUUAUAUUCUCUAUGGUGGACUGUUCAUAUUCACUCUGGUCAUAUGUAGGACACGGUAUGUUUGUCCUAUAUCACUGGCUGGUACAGUUAAGUGAUAGUCUGCACUGUCUUGCUCUGUAAUUCCCAGACUGAAUCACUGCACAAAACUGCCCGAAUGGUCAGUAAGAGGGUGGGUUUGAUAUGGAUGCAAAGGGGGGUUCAUUUUGGUUUUUACUCUUACGUACCGGACAUAAUUGUGUUAUUAAAAAAUAUUUUUUUCCAACAAUUGGAAA